CGAGUAUUCAAUAAUAAAACACAGCAGACGUUGAAAUUGUGAUCUUUUCGAUUGUCGUUCAUCGAUGUACAUCAGUAAAAAUGAAAAUGGUUGGUAAACUGAUCAUUGUUGCAGCAGCAAUCGUUGUUUGUGUUGGUGGCAAAAUUUCCACAGACAAUGAGAAAUAUCUGCAAAAGAUCUUCUCUCCAGUUGAUCCCGCAGACAGAAAGGCAGCUUUGAUACAUCAACUAUAUUUGGGGUAUAUUACAAAGAAUCCCAAGAGACCUAAUUUUGAAGUUCCAAUCGAAGAUACUCUGAAGAUUUAUGACAUAAUUAUGAACAAUUUCAAGUUUCCUGAUCCAAAACUGAACAGUAUAAUAUGCUUUCCAAGUGGGGAGUGUGUAGAUCCUGAUGACUCUGGAGUAUAUCCACCAAUGUAGUAGAGAAAAAGUAAGGAGUGUUAUGUAUUAUCUGGAUGGAAAUAAAAUAUUGAGAUUAAUGUAGAUUGAAAUAAAAUAUUGUGUUUUUCAACAUUUUCCACAAAAA